AAUAACUCUAAAUUCCCCGCUAUUCUGCAGUGAGCAAUGGCCGGUUUGCGUAACGUAGGGCGUCAAGGUAUUAAUAUUUUUCGAUGUCUUAGACUACCCACAACGGAAAAUACAACUAGAUUAUCAUGUGGAUGUAUUAUACGAAGUACCCAGUUAUUACAAUUAGAUAAAAAUAGGAACCAACAUAUUAACAAUGUCAACACUAGGCAUUUCUUCAGUUUACCAAAAGUUCUUCCACUCCCUUCAACAAGUAAAAGGAAGGACUAUUCCGAGAGAAGAGUGUUAGGGUAUACCAUGGAACAAAUGUACGAUAUAGUGGCACAAGUAGAAAAAUAUCCUGAGUUUGUACCUUGGUGUACGAGUUGUAUUAUCACACAUGCCAGACCUGGUCAUUGUAAAGCUAAAAUAGAAGUAGGAUUUCCUCCAUUAGUUGAACGGUACACAUCUUCUAUAACCUUAGGAAGACCUAAUCUAGUUCGAUCUGAAUGUACAGAAGGGAAGAUAUUCAACCAUUUACUAACUGUGUGGAAAUUUAGCCCAGGUUUACCAAAUAAACCAAAAACAUGUACAUUAGAUUUUUCGGUAACGUUUGAAUUCAGAUCAAUUUUACACUCACAAUUAGCCCAUGUAUUCUUUGAUGAAGUGGUAAAAACAAUGGUCAACUCUUUUCUAAAAAGAGCAAAAAAAUUAUAUGGUCCCGAGAGUAUAUCUCGACAGAAGGCAAAGAUUAUUAUUAAUGAGUCUUGAUGUUACUUUAAUUUAGGAAAUCAUGUCUAUUUUUGUUUUGUCCGAUUUAGAGAAUUUUAGUGUUAAUGUGAAUGUUAUUAUUUGUUAUACAAUGUAUACUGUACUAUGUGUAACCCAUUUCACUUAUAUAUAUGACCCACUGACCCGAAAGUUCUGUUGAGUUGUACAGUAAAAUUACACUUCAGUUCCUUUGAGUUGUACAGUAAAAUAAUAUACGCUUAAUUUCUGUUGGGUUGUACAGUACAGUGUGCCAGUAAGGAAGUUUUCCCCAGCAAAAGUUGCAUUAUGGCCUACUCUUAUUUCAAAUUCGAAGGAUUCUUUUAUGUGCACACCAAUAUGUACAAGGGACCUCGGUUUUUUGUACCAUACGAACGACUGAGGACUUAAGUUACUUCCCACGAUUUCAUGGUAUAUGAGGUGGGUUUACAACUUUAGAUUUAAAAAUUUGUAUAUUAAAAUCCAGGGGGUUGGUUGGCCGAUUGGUUUAACAUGUACGCUUUGGAUCAUUAGGUCUGUUAUUGUGUCAAGUGGCGUGGUUUCAAUUCCCUACUUGUACAUGACAAGAAGUAGGGUUACCUGUCCAACCUUGCGAGUUUUCUCCGCAUCCACUGGAUUCUUCCCAAUGCUAAAGACCCCUACUCGCCAGUGAACUAUUGAAAUAAAAUAAAAAUGUUAGUCCCAAAAUGACCUAGUUUGUGUCAAGUGGGUGUUAAAACCCAUUUCUUACUGUCUUAAUGUUCAAGAGAUGAACAUCAAACUCGAUAUUUAUCUUCAAUUAAUCAAAAUUAAAUGCAUUUAAUUUGAAUAAAUUUGCAAUUGUUGAUCCUUGAAUUAUUUUUCUUCUUUUAAUUUUUAAGAAAUCAAACCACAAAUAUAUAUAUUACCUUGGAUGGGUUGUACUAAUCACUGACAAGAUAUCACUUUUCGCAAUACUUUGAACACUAUUGACCAAAAAACAUCCUUGUCUGUGAUAAGUAGGACUGCCUUGGUUAUAUACUAUGUAACUGUAAGAGAACAGGUAAAUCUACGAUUACAUCUAUAAGGGAACAGGUAAAUCGACCAUUUUACUACGUAGAUGUAUUUAAUACACUAUAAAAUAUGAAAUAGCUAUGUUUUCUAUACAUUUUUGGACUAUGUGUGUUUUAUCCAUGUGCAUGCACCAGGGCUUUCAUUUCAAAAUGUUGCCAGUCGGUCAGAUUUUAAUGUGUUUUGUUUACUUCAAAUUGGCAAGAUAUUUCUUUUUUCAGAAAGUAUGACCAUUUUUAUCACUUUCUCAAAUUUUAAAUUUAGUUACAGGAGUUUUUACAUAAAAACUAUAAAUUUAACUGUAUUUAUUGUGUGUUAAAGUAGCUAAAUCUCUAACUCAAUAUUAUCCGCAGUGUUUGAUAUUGCAAACACCACUUAUUGGUCAUUUUAAAUCAACAUUGAUGUUGUUUUCUUACUGUGAAAAGAUUGGCUUCUGAUAUCCAAUAUUUAAGACAAAAUGAAAAUUUUAAAAUUGGCAAACAAAUAGCAUGACAGAUUGCUUUUGAGCGCCAUUUGUAAUGAAGUGAAUCGAUGAAUGAGGCUAAACGCAUACCACAGUAGGGUGACCCAUGCACUCUACAGAAAUACAGUCCACCGCUGAUAGUUCGAAACUACCACUGAAGCAUGCACAUUCGCCGAGUCGAGACCAACUUUCUGACAGUAUGAUACUAUAAAUAGCCAUGGCACGUGCAAUUCUCUACAAAUCUAUCAACUAUUACAGCCGUAAAAAAUUUAUUGUUGUUGAUUUUGAAUAGCAGUAAAAUUAAGCUUCUUGGUUAUUACAGCAGAUUUAGAAAUUACGUUUGUUUCAUUUUUUAAAUCGCUUUAUCAUUAACUGUACCGUUAAGAGCGGCAUCUUUUGGUUUAGUACAAAUAAUAUCUCUGAAACACUUGGGUUAGACAGGAACAUGAUACUAGCAGUAGUUUCAUUUUACUUUUACAAGCUUCUUAAAACAAUUGUUGAGCUAGCUAAAGUGCUUAUUUCUAAAUUGAAUUUCUUGUUCUAGCUUUCUGUUAUGUUUCGUAAAAAAAAUAGUCUUGAUUAUCCCGACCUGUCAAUCAGACGUAGAAUGGUCGAUAGACUGGUUAAGCAAGACUAAUUUCAGAACAAGGGCACGUAACCUAUCUUUUACUCAAAAGUGUCUGGAUGUUAUGGACGACACUUGGAACCAGUUUGCAGUCUAUUAUUUAUACAUGAUUAAUGGUCAUAGCUUAUUAAGUACAACAUGAUCAUUUAUUUAGUGACUAUAAUUGUGUGAAACUGAUUUGAGGCUUGGCAUAUAUAUAAAUAUUGUGGCGUAAUUGUCGAGAUAUUUGGAGAUAUUUAUUUAUGGAAUAACCAGAAGCCAAAGACUGCCAUUCAACUGAUUAGAAAUUACAAUAAAAACAGAAACAAUUGAAUGUAAAAUCAGUUUAUAUACAUUCAUAUUACAUUAUUAUAUGCUUUAGAACUCAUUUGUGUUCAUUACUAGGUGCUAAAGAUUAGAGAUUUAGCUCCAUUAACGUUUAAUUUCUUUAUGACAUGUAUUUGGACUGUCAUGUAAAUUCUCCAGAGAGCCUGUCAACCUGGCAAGUAGAGCUGUAUUGAGAGUUCUGGGUCCUGGUUUAACAAAACAUUCUCAGACUCCAGUUAAGAAUUUAUUUAAAAUUGUUUGCCUUAUUUUAACUAAAAAAUAUAACCCUUUAUAAAACUUUUGUUGUUUUAGUGUAUCAAAUACAUCAAUAAGAAACUAUGUGCAAAGUUUUGUGUUUCUGGAUGAAAGAUAUUUCUCAUAAACAGUGAUUGAAAAUUGAGUAAAUUCUUAUUUUAAGUCUGAGAAUGCUUUGACAUGCUUUUUGCUUUUGUUUAGGUAUAUAUAGUCAAAUGAUAUUUUUAUUUCUAUGGUUUUUGUGCAUUAUAUGCAGGUGUUUAAAGAGUCAAUUUCUACUGCAUAAUUUUGCAAGCUUGUUUCCAGAGCAUCAAUGUUGCAAACAGUCUUUCAUAGCUGGAUGUUGUCCACUUGAUGGUUAUUUAUUUAAGAUCUGUCAAAGAAAUUUAAAGAGUCUUCAACUUUUCAUGAGAAAAUAUUAUCCUUCAUAAUUAUGAUGUUAUAUGUUUUUAAUUAAAGUAAGUUUUAUUAUAAUAAAUCAUGUAAGUUGUUUUACAAUAGGUCAUGUAGGUUUUAUUAUUAAAUGUCAUGUAAGUUGUAUUAUUAUAAGUUAUGUAAGUUUUAUUAUAAUAAGUCAUGAAAGUUGUAUUACAAUAGGUCAGGUAAGUUUUAUUACAAUAGGUCAUGUAAGUUGUAUUAUAAUAAGCCAUGUAAGUUUUAUUACAAUAGGUCAUAUAAGUUUUAUUAUAAUAAGUGAUGUAAAUUAUAUUACAAUAGGUCAUGUAAGUUUUAUUAUUAUAAGUUACGUAAGUUGUAUUACAAUAGGUCAUGUGGUUAAAUUAUGUUACCCUAUAUACAGUAGUGUACAUAGUUAUAUAACUACUGUAGUCUAAAACCAAAUACAUGUAGUUGUGUAGUUUAGUUUAUGUGUGAAAGCUGAACUGUGAUAAAAACAUGUGAACCGA